AAGACAAGAGUCAAUCAGAAACCCCACAAACUCCAACUCCUCUAGCUGUUUUUCUCUCUCUAGGCCCUCUUUUUUAUUAUUAUUAUUAUAAUUAUUUCUCUGACCACCCACCCCAGGCGGCGGAGACUGGUGGUGUUGGUGGCGGUGGUGGUAGAGAUGUUUCAGGCUCCUUGAACCCACCACUUCAGAAAAAAAUUAUCUUUUUAUAGAAAGAAGUUUAAAGUACAACAAAAAGACCACAUGGAUUCAGAUUUGCACAGCAAUAAUAAACAAAACACCACUCCCACUUCCACCACCACCACCACCACUCCCCAUCACCACCUCUCCCACCACCUCCACCACCAACCCAUGGUGGUCCCAUUUGAUGGCCGAUCUGGUACCCCAUUCAUGGGCUCCAUUUCAAUUAACCCUUCCAACACGUCUACUACUAGUUCAGUUUCCACUACUACUAGUGGUGCUGCUGGGGCGUCGUCUUCUCUCUCUUCACCUUCCAACCACCACCUACCCACAACCACCACCGGCACCGGUAACACCACCGUUGACCCAUCUCUAGCAAUCGCCACCAGAUCCGAAGAUCUUGUGAAGGAAGCUCCGGCGCCGGUGACUGCCGUACCUCCAAAAAGGUCAACGAAAGACCGCCACACCAAAGUUGACGGUCGUGGCCGGAGAAUUCGAAUGCCGGCGACUUGUGCCGCUAGGGUUUUUCAACUGACGAGAGAAUUGGGUCAUAAGUCAGACGGAGAGACAAUUGAGUGGCUGUUGCAGCAGGCGGAGCCGGCGAUUAUUGCAGCUACCGGUACCGGAACUAUUCCGGCGAACUUUUCUACGCUUAAUGUGUCGCUGCGUAGCAGUGGAUCCACUCUCUCUGCUCCGCCGUCGAAGUCGGCGGCUCACCAGUUCCACGGCGCGUUGGCGCUUGCACACCACCCCUUUGAAGAAGGGUUUUCGCAAAUGUUAGGGUUUCACCAUCACCAGCAUCACCAAAACCCUAAUAUUCUUACAGCCGAUCAACUCGCCGAUGCGAUUUCAACCGGGGGAGAUUCCACUGAGAAUUUCAUGAGGAAAAGGUAUAGAGAAGAUUUGUUUAAAGACGAGAGUAAUCAGAAUCAAGGCGACGGAUCGCAAUCGCCAUCCAAUAAAAGUUUCAAGUCCGGUAUGGAAAUGGGGAAGCCGCAGGAACCCGGACCUUCGUCCGGGAACAAUAUUUUGCGACAUCAUGGGAGCAUGAUGCCAGCAACCGCCAUGUGGGCGGUUGCUCCUGCUCCCACUACGGCCACUGGCAACACCUUGUGGAUGUUGCCAGUAUCCACUAGUGUUACUAAUAGUAGUUCGGGACCGGAGUCCCAACACCAACACCAACAUCAGCAACAGAUGUGGCCGUUUCCCACCGCCCAGGCUUUAGGUGGAGGGAACACCCUACAAGCACCAUUGCAUUUCCUCCCGAGAAUCAACAUCCCGGGUGGGAAUCUCGAAUUCCAACAGAAUUCGAGAACAAAUCCGCUACAACUCGGGUCUAUGUUAAUGAACCAACAACAACAGCAGCAACAACAACCGUCCCAGCAUUUGGGAUUGGGAAUGAGUGAGAGCAAUUUAGGCAUGUUGGCUGCGCUAAACGCGUAUUCCCGAGGCGGGCUGAACAUCAAUUCAGACCAAAAUCACCACCAUCAACAACAGCAGCAACAUCAUUCACAAACCACUGACAGUGGUGAUGAAGACCAAAAUGAUUCCACUUGAGAUCUAUCUAUCUAGCUAGGUUUUGAUGUUGAUUGAUUAAUUAUCACAAGAUGAUCCAAGAAAUUGAAGAGGUAUAUGGUUUAAUUAAUUAUCAUCCUGUUCUUAUUUUUAUUUAAUUAUGCUUGUUUUUUUUUUUUUUUGGAAAUUUAUGUUUUGAUUGUGGUGAAUGUAAUUUGGUAGGUUUGAUCCAAAGGGAUAGUAAGGGGAUUCAAGAGAGAUUGUAUAGAAGGAUAUAUUGAUUUGUGCUUAGUAUUAUAAUUUAUAAAUUUGGUUUGUUAGUUUCAAUCAAAGCAUUUUUGUCAAAGAAAUAUGAUUAAAAAGCAAGUGUUUCAUAAUUAAAGGUUUUUUUUUUUUUUUUUUUUUUUGGGAAAAUUUCGAACAGCAUUGAUACAAAAUAACCAGUGAAAUUGUAGUCAAACAAUGAUUCUAGCAUUUUUUUAACAAACACAUCACAUUAUAAUAGAUGAUAUAAGUUUAAAAACAAUUCUAUUAUUCAAUCUAUAUUUACAUAACAGUAACAAAGUUUUUUCAUCCAUUGUUAUGAACUUUUUUAUAAGUAUUAAAAUUAAGCAACCUAAACAGAACAUACAUGAAAUUUGUUAAUAAUCAGAGAUUAUUUUCUGGAAUAAGUGUAUAACAUAAUUUCAUUUAAGCUUUAUAAUUAUUUCAUUUAAGCUAUUCAGUUUAAUCAAUUAUGAAAAAAAAAUUCAAGUAUAGAAGCUCAUGAAACUUAAAUGAUUUUAGAGUUAGAUAAAAUAUUAUGACUAUUCAAACAAUAUAAUUCUUGGUAACUAUUAUAGUUUAUGAUAUUAAUCCUGUUAACUUUUGUUCCAGUACAAUCAUAAUUUUUUUUUCGAAAUAAAUGUUCAUUAUAUGUUCAAAUUUAAUCAUUUCAACCAAUCAAUACAUUAAAAAAACACCUUUAGUGAUAAAUUAAUUGGAAAAGGUUUAUCUCCUUCAAAAAGAAAUGCUCAUGUGGACCAUUCAAUGACCAAAUAAGAGAAAAGAUAGGCCAAAUCGCCUUUACUUUGCCGCCUGAUAUUGGAGGAUUAAGCACGACAUGAUGAUAGGAUUCCUACUUUUUUUAAUUUCUUUAAACAAAUUUAUUAAAUCAUUAACUUUAUAAGUAAUUUAGUCAAACGUUUCUUUAUGCAUAAAUGCAUUUCUUAUGCAUGUAUUUCUAUUUGUUGUUUUCAUAUUUAAUUUGUAGUUGGUAGGUAUUAUAUACUACAUUUAUUACUAUUUAUUUAUAGGGCAUAAUAAAAAAAUUAAAAAAGAAAUAAAAUUAAACAAUUACAUAUACACAUUUCAUUGCCGUCCAUAUACACGUAUGUAUCUAUCAUCAAAAUGACAAGUCCAUAGUGUCUUUUAUCUAUCUGUUAUGGGUGUAUUAUUGGAAAUUUAUUAAAUAAUGAUUAUCAAGAAUGUACAUAUGUAGCCUUUUUUGAACAUGGGUAGACAAUUGCAUAUUCAAAUUUCAUGUCACGCAAACAAACCUAAAAGGAAAUUUGCAUCUAACAUCGCGAGUAUGGAACAAUGUUUGGACAAAUAUAGUCGUUAUUGGCCUAAUGGGUGCUACUUUUCAUUAUAACGAAAGUUAUUUGCGUGUGUGAUCCGUGUUUAAGAUGAUAGUGAUGGUGGUGGUAGACUUUUGUUGUUACUAUGAACUAAAUAUGGCUCAUGGCAUUAUAGUAUAGUGACAUUUUAGUUGUGGGAUAAGGCUUAAGGACCAUUAGGUCCUGGGCUUGAUUCUCACAAGAGGGUUUUUCUCAGAGUUAUUGAGUUUUAUCCUGAAUUGGUGUAUAGUCAUUAGAUAUUAUAGCCUAGUGGAGAUGCAUAUGAUCAGAUGGUUCAGUUGGUGACACAAUGAUACUCUAGUGGUCCGUCCGUAAUCCAAAUUUGUCGUUAAAAAAUAUGAACUAAAUAUGUAAUGUUUUAAUAUAAAAUUGUAGUUAAAUGUUUUACAUGUGGUAUUGAUGGUGGUCAAUUAUUUUCUAAUGAAUAUAUUUUGUUUGCAUUUUCUGACUGCAGAAGCUAUGAAUGUUCCCCAAUUCCUCUUCAAAGAUGAUCUCAUGUUUGUUAUUAAAGAAAGAAACCCCACCUGGUCCUCAAUAUCUUGCUAAAAUCAAGGGAAUUUUGAGUGAUUUAUUGAUUGAUUUCAAAAUCAUGUGUAAAGUUAACAAUAUCCAUGAAAACCUACCCAAAAGUGGGAUGUUUGAUAGGUUCAUGAGUGCUUUAAAAAAUAUCUUGAGUGUGAAAGGGAAAUGAGGCAGUAUAAUAAUAUAGAUUUCAUCAACUUGGCCUUCCGUGUGUUCGCCCUCAAUGGUCCCUCAACUUUUAAACAUGACAAUAAUAGUUGUAUUGAAAUGUGUUGUAUUUUAUAUGGUUUUCAAUUUCAA